AUGGCAACCAUCGACAGCACCAAAAAGAAGUACAUAUGCGGCUUCACCGUCCAUGAUGCGAAAGAGCUCAGUCAGGACGGAACAGCGGUCGAUCCUUUGGUGGUGGUUCGAUGCCUGGGGAAGGAGUACAAGACCGCCAUGAAGAGCGGAAAGAUCCAGCACUGCAAGUUCGAAGAGUCAUACAUCUGGAACGACUUCUACAUAACGGAGUCGGAGUUCAACAUGACAUGCAUCGAGUUUGAGUUGCAGGCGGCCAACAUCUUCACCAGGAACACCGUGCUAGGCACUGGAAAGGUUCAGCUGGCCAUGGUCAGGCAGCGACCCAAUCACACUUACGUGCGGAAGCAGAUCCAGCUGACUCUGGAGCACAAGCUGACCUCAAAGUUAACGGUCACUGUGUUUUGCUACGGGGAGGGUGACAAGCCGCCAGCUCCAGAUGAUGCACAGGACAACAAGGAAGAGGUGGAAGCACAUCUCAAUGACCUCACGACGGCCGUGAUCGGAGAUGCAGGAAAUAAGAACCAGUUCAAUCAAUUCUAUCAUCUUUUCGUGCAAGUGCACCGAGCUGAACAUCUGGGUGGUGGUGAGAAGACGUACAAUCCCUACGUCUCAGUUGAGUUUAAUGGCCACGAGUUGCGGAGUCCAGCAGCUAGGGACACGCAUACAUUGGCAUUCGACGAACAAUUCCGGAUACCGGUCACAACGCCCCUAUUCCAGGAUUCGAUUGUGAUCAGAAUCUGGGAUUCUGCAAAGUGGAUGGGCGAUGAGAUCAUCGUGCAGGGCCGUCUGUCAUUCUCGUUGCUACGCAUGCACGCGCUUUCACCAAAAUGGUUUAACUUCUACGGCUUCAGAAGUGAAGAGGUUCCGGAUGUGCAAGCGAUAACAAGCGCUGGCGACAUGGCAGAGGAAAACGCUUACUUGGGCCGCCUGCUCAUCAGUGCAAGGGUGAACAAGGUGGAGUCCAUCUCUGCCCUUCAGCUUCCCGCCGUCUUGAGGGGCGGUCCGUGCGAAGAGCCGCCCUCCAAAGUGGAGAACUUCCUGAUGGACGUCUUUGAAGUCUCGGGCUGUGCCGGUAGCGAGGUGAUGUUGGAGAUGACCGUCGGCGUCAAGUCUAAGAAGACAAAGACUGCUCUGCGAUCGAAGGAGUCCGAGGAGGAUCCGACCACGCCAGGAAGGUUCAUUUUUCAAGGUGACAAAGGGCGAAUGACGCCUUUGGUGGCUGUUCUUCCGACAAACCCUCCCGAGCAGCUGGACGUGAUCCUCUCUCUGUAUUCGCGCGUGACUGGCUACGUGAGCAACACAGACUGGCAGCGGAUUGGCUUCGCGAGGAUAAAGGUCGCCGAGGUCCGGGACUGGGAUGGCGACACCCAGACCCCUCUCUGGUGCACGAUGAGCAAUAUGGCCCACCUCCCAAGCAGCGUGGAGCCAGGCUCGAUCCUCUGCUCUUUCGCAAAGUCGGGGGAGACGGUGCUCACGCGGGGCGUUCCAAACUGCAAGCCCGUGAAGUUCCACCUGCGCUGCUACAUCAGCAUGGCACGAAACCUGCAGUGCGAGGGUGCGCGCGUGCCAAGCUCCUUCUGCGAGAUCGCUUGCGCUGGACAGCGAGAGCGCACUGCCGUGAUCCCGCAAACAUCUUCACCCAAUUGGUCAGAUAUGCUGGCAUUGGACAUCAGCCUUCAGUGCUCGCUGCAAAACAUGCGCUGCUAUCCAGAGCCAGUGCAGUUAACCGUCUACGACGUGGUUGGCAAGUCGUUGUUGGACAAGGUGGCCGAUGUCGCAAAUAGCGCCAAGCAGCUUGCAAACAGCGCCAUGGCUGGCCAGCUGAACAACAAAGAUGGGAAGCUCGACUUCAAUGACGAAGCCGGGCUUGCCGAAAUGGAUUUGGCAAAGAUUGGCGAAGAGUACACUGGCUACGUCAAGGACCAAGCUCUUGCCACGAUGAUGGGCGACGUGAUGGCUGCCAAGCGACUUGGGGAGGUCAAGGGCGGCCGGCGCGUGAUCGGACGGCAGAAGAUCAACUUUCGGAAGCUGCUCCAUCCGCUGACGAACUACAAGAUGCGACAGCGCUGGCUCAAGCUGAAGGGAGGUGUGAUGGGAACAGGCUGGGCCGGUGACAUCAUGAUCGGCCUGGAGAUGAUGAGGACGAAGUAUGUCUCGGACUUCCCUGCAAAGCUCAUGAAGCCUCCCGGGAAGCCUUGCUUGGUGUCCGUGAGCAUCGUCGGCCUGCGCAACAUCAUCUUGGGGGAGCAGCUCAAGGGCGAGCCGGUUCUGGAGGUGGUGGUGCCCUCGGUGAAGCCGGAUCCCAGCAAGCCCGAACCAAAGGCCUCGGCCAAGGCGUUGGCAGCGCCCGAGGGCAAGGGCAAGGGCAAGGGAGGCAAGGGAGAGGGCAAAGGCAAGGAAGGCAAGGGUAAGGAAGGCAAGGGCAAAGGCAAGGGCAAGGGCAAGAAGGGUCUGCCCGAAGCUGCCGUCGAGGCAGUCGAGGUAAAGGAGGAGAAGGGCAAGGAGAAGGACAAAGACAAGGACAAGGACAAGACUCCUGGCAUGGAGGGCUUACAGUUGGCUGAAGGAAGCGACGCCAUCCAGGAGAAGAGCGAGUGGGUUCAGUUUCAGAAGAAGCCGGAUUUCCGCUUGCACGAUAAGGACACCAACAAGAAAUGGACGGCCAGCGGGCGCACGGGCUACGAAUUCCUCAACGUGGUCCACCUCGGUGCGCUCCUGCCGAAGCUUCCAGUCUAUGAGCCCGACCUGCGCUUCCGGCUCAGGGACAGUGCCGAGGACGGUGCCAACAGCCUUCUGGCGGAGGGCCGAAUCGGUCUGGCCGAGCACUUGCCCUGGGUGACAGACCCGGAGAAAGCGAAGCGGGCAACUGAAGCCCGCGAGAAGUACUCCGACAGUGAAGAUGGCGACCGCAACGAUGGCAUGCCUGUGAGCGAUGCCGACGAUGAAGGUUCCAACUACGUGGAGAUUACCCUGGGCAACCAGCCUGCUAAGAUCGCGUUCAAUGCAGAUGACAAGACAAGCUUUCCGCCAGUGAUCACUGCUUGCAGCGAGAAGGGUCCUGUUGCCGCAAAGGGGAUAGGCGUCGGGGACUGGCUGAUUGCUGUCAAGAAGAAGGAGGACAAGCAGGAGCAGACCAUCACAUGGAACCCAGCCCAGGCCAAUGAGUUCGUUGAGACCACCGACAAAGAGAAGAUCAGGCCCCUGAAGCUGAUCUUCCGGAAGAAGGACAAGAUCGAAGUGCAUGUCCGGCUCCUGAAUGGGCCGCACAACUUGGAGCUCGCCAACAGUAAAGACGAGAUGCCGCCGAAGAUUAUGAAAGACAACUCGAAGGACAAGAUGUGGAGGAAGCAGGGCAUAAGCCCUGGCUGGCGCGUCGUGGACAUCAACGGCGUGGACACAAAGGAGAUGACUGCCGUGAUGCCACGGUUCAAGCAGCUGCUACAGCUGCGCCCGGCCAUCAUCACCUGCAGACCUCAUGGCCUGGCGGCCCGGGGCGACUCUGACAGGGCCAUCCAGGAGGCCAAGCCUGUGAUGCUCAGUGGGGUGGCCUCGAAGGUGUUCAAGGAGUAUGAGCACAAGCUGAGGCACAAGGAUGGGCCCUUGGCCUUCAUGCGGGUUCCGAGACCAAGCGCUGUGAUACCGGACCCUGUGAACACUCAGCAUCUGAACUGCCGCCCUGCUCGAGCUGCUUGCUUGGACGUCCAGGGCCUGGCGAAAUUCAUCGCUGGCGGCGAGGAAGAAGACGACAAGGCCAGACCAUCGGUGCAAGGAUGUUUAGAGCACAACAUGAACCCGGCAGUCUUCCGGAACAUCCCGCUCUUCAGUGGCGCGACCGAGGUCGGCCAAGUGAAGGCCCGGUUCAAGGUCAUCUCGCCACCGAACAAGAAGUGGAUGCUUGGCAAGGAGGGCACGGGCGAGGACAAGGUCUUCUUCAACGAGAAGCUCUUGCGCAAGCGCUUCAAGAUUGACCAGCCUCACUCCCUCCGCGUGCGAACCUACAUCAUACGAGGCCUUAACGUCAGCGGCGCUGUGUCUGGCUAUGGCAACCCUUACCUGUACUUCAUGUACGGUGCCAGCAAGGUCUCCCUGGAGGGGCAUCGCCAGAUGCAAUCCGUGGAGCCUCGUUACUUCCGUACGGAGGAGUGCGACAUCAAUUUGCCGGAGCAGUCCUACUUCGAGAUCGGCCUGUUCGACUACCAGGAGAACGGCGAGGACUUGCUGAUCGGUAAGAGCGUCCUGGAUCUCGAAGACAGGUUCUACACCAGAGACUACAUGAUCAUGAUGAAGAACAAGAAGGUUCCGAUUGAAUACCGGCCACUCAUCAGCGAGUCGAUCGAUCCGAAUACGGGCGACGUGAGCACCAUCUCCAAAGGCUCGCUUGAGAUGUGGAUCGAGCUCCUGGAUACCACGACCGCAGCAGAGAUUCCCGUGAGCAAGCUACUUCAGCCGCCAGCUAUGGAAGUCGAGAUUCGCCUGAUCUGCUGGACGGUCCACGACCUGCAGAUGCGCAUGUGCACCGACGAGUACGGAGACCAGCGAGACAACAUCAGCAUCCGCUGCCGAUGUUCUAUUGACUGUCGGACAUACAACGGACCCCAGCCAAGGGAGCAGGAGACAGAUCAACAUGACUCCUGUGUCGGAGAUGGCGAGUUCAACUGGCGGUUUCUGUUCUCGCGCAUCCAGGUCACGAAAGGAGUCCCAAUUGACUGCUUCCUACACCUGAGUGUAUGGGAGUACUUUGCCUUGUCCCGGCCUGUCAUGCUGUGCGAGAGCCUUCUUGAGCUCAAGAGCUACGUGAAGAAGGUUUCCGAAGAUCGCAUGAUGCUGGAAAUGGAGGCAGAUUUGCCGCUGUCGAACAAUCAGCUAUACGCAGAGCUGAAGAAAGAGAUGAAGGGCGAAGGCGGCGUAGCCGCCAGCGGAGAGGGUGAUGAAGAUGAGCCAGCCAUAGAGGAGGAAGAAGAGGCCGAAGGAGAUGCCGGCGGCGAAGUUAUGCCCGGGGCGGCCGAGGAGGAGAAGGCCAUUCCUCCAGCUGCCUACAUGAAAAUCGUGCUGCAAGUACUGGCGCAGACCGAAGCAUCCAACGAGAACAACAAGGCUGGCAUUGCAAGGAAUGAGCCCAACCGAAACCCAUCCUUGCCAUUCCCGAAGACGGGCCGAGACUGGCGCUACUCCAUGCCAACGGCCGCCAAUGUGGUGGAGAAGGUCAUGGAUGCGCUAAGCCCAUCGAAGCGCGGACCACUAAUGACCCUCAUCAUGUUCAUCAUCAUCUUCUCGAUUAUCUCGAACGUGCCGUUCGAUGCGGAUCUGCAGUGCGUAACGACCGUGAAGAAGAGCUGCUUUGACGCCAGCGUUUGCAACACCUGCAACUGCUGUGGCAGAAUCAGUGGAGAUAUGUCCGAUGCCAAGAAGCAGAAGCUUUGCAAAUGGACUUUCAUCUUCAUGAGUCGGACGGUGGAUGAGGCCGCGGUGUCAUACCUGGCAAGUGAGGCAUAUGAGGCUGUCUCAGCCUCCCAGUUAAUGCAGACAUGGCAGCAAGACUGCGGGUGUGUGCACCGCAGGCUUUGGCACAGGUUUGCGAGCGAAGACACCGAGCCAGAAGCAAGAAGGUCCCGGCGAGUGUACAACUCACCGCCAACAAAGAAGGACGAGCCUUGGGAGUUGCUGGGCGUGCCCCUCACGCCGGACUUCACUGCGGUCGGACUGGCGUACUUUGCCCAGGGAGCUUUGGCACUUGCAGCCCUGGCAAAGCCGUUCUACGUGAAGGAUACAUUGGGAAUGUCUCCGGCAGAUUCCUCGCUGUUUCUUUCCUUCACGUACUGGCCCUGGAUUAUGAAGCCCUUGUGGGGUUUCAUUGCAGACAGCAUCCCAAUAUUCGGCUCGCGAAGGCAGGCCUACCUGGUCCUUGCUGGGGCAGUCAGUGUGGUUGGCUGGUUGGGCCUGGCGGGCUGGUGGCCCGUGGAGGUCAGCAAGGAGGCGACCCUGGUCUUCAUGGUGAUGGGCAAUUUCGGUAUCGCCUUCAGCGACGUGGUCGUUGAUGGGUUGGUGGUGGAAAAGGCCCGUGAUGAUCCGAAGCUCAUGGGUGGCCUCCAGUCGUUCAGCUGGGCCUGUCGAGGCUUCGGUGCGAUCCUGUCAGCGUACUUCAGUGGAGCUCUACUGGAAAUGAUCGGAGUCGAGCAGGUCUUUGCUGUGACAGCGCUGCUGCCACUGCUGGUCAUCGUGGCAGCGGUGCUCAUUCGGGAGCCCGCACAGCCAAAUCCCAGCAGCAGCUAUGCCUUGGAUUGGGACGAGGCUCGGCAGCUUGGCCAACAGGUGUGGGAGGUGAUUCGCGCACCAGAGGUCUUCCCAGCUGUUUGCUUCAUCCUCGCAUGGCAGGCCACUCCAACAGCGGGCUCGGCGACCUUCUUCUUCUAUACCAACGAGCUCCACUUCAAUCCCGAGUUUUUGGGCCGCUCGCAGCUCGUGGGAUCGCUGGCGAGCUUGGCCGGCAUCGUUCUGUACAACCGUGUAUUCUCCUCAGUGCCGAUCAAGGACUACUUGUCGCGAAUUCAGGUGACUGCUGUCACACUUGGGUUUCUGCCAAUCCUGUUAGCGACGCGCGCGAAUCUGGCAUUGAACAUCCCAGAUCAGAUGUUUGUGCUCGGUGACGAUGUCAUCCAAACUGUGGCAGGGGAGCUGGCACAUAUGCCCAUCCUAGUGCUGGCUGCGCAGCUGUGCCCACGUGGCAUCGAGGCAACGCUCUUUGCGCUUUUGAUGUCGGCACUCAACGCUGCCAGCUUCCUGUCUUCCAGCCUUGGGGCCUGGCUGACUCACUCCCUCGAGGUCACGGAUUCUGACUUCAGCAACUAUGCCUUCCUGCUCCUGAUUUGCAAUCUCAGCGGGCUCCUGCCACUGGCGCUGCUGCCCGGAAUUCGCAACAAGCCCGGCACCAGCAAAUGA